CUUGAAUGUAAGCGCCAUGCCAUGUCACGUUGUUUCCCUGUAUUAUUUUAAUUUGUGUAUGCUAAAAUGUGUCGUAGGACGCAAUCAGUAAACGCAAAUUCCUUCCCACAGAAGAAAGCACGAAACGAACUGACUCCCCUCCACUGGCGGCAGCACACUAGCAUAGUGGCGUGUGUGAUGGUGGUGGUGUGCAAGGUGGUGUGUACUAUCUGUUGCGGCAUGGUUCGGUGAUGUGCUAUCGGUGACCACGCGUUGCGAACUUGGGAAUGCCCAAGAGAUUCUUGCGGGGCACGGCGAGUCUACUGCUGACAUAUUGCUGCGUCCUUGUGGAUGUUGCGCUGCUGGCGAACUUGGUGUCAUCUGAUGGCAAAUUCCUGAAAGAGGACAUCUUCUUCGAAAUACUUGAACCUGAGAGCCUGAGGUACACGUUUCGGCUGAGGCCCGCGCACGAGUUCGGUUCGUCGUUUGUCACCCAGCUAUCCAAUGUGGGCCUGGUGCUGUCUGAGCCGCUGCAGGGCUGUGCCAGCCUCGUCAAUCGGCUUGAGCUUCGUCACAAUGUGGUGCUCGUCGAGCGUGGGGGAUGCUCGUUCCUGACCAAGUGCGUGGAGGUGCGGCGUCAGGGUGCACUGGCCGUCAUUGUGGCAGACAGUGACCCAAGCAAUGACGACCAGUACGUCGACAUGAUGGACGACAGCACGCGGCGUAACUGCAGCAUACCCGCUGCAUUCCUGCUGGGAAAGGAUGGCUUCAUGAUUCGCCGGGGGCUGGAGGCACACGGCCUGAGACGAGCCCUCAUCAACAUCCCUGUCAAUGUGAGCGGCGUGCCUGCUCACCGGCUACGCCAGCCACCAUGGCUUGUCUGGUGAAAAUAAACGGCCUGCACCUA